AUGGGUUUUCGCUGGGAACAGCACCGUGAAACAUGUCGCCAACUGUACGUCGAGCAGGACAUGUCGAUAUCGGAGGUGGUUGAGUACAUGCGGGUCAACUACAAUUUCACACCGUCUCGACGUGCCUUCCAAGGUGCCUUUUGCCGUUGGGGAUUCCCCACUAAACAGAACCCGGCCUACAAAGAUCCGAAGCUUGUGGCACGGGUCAAGGAGCUAUGGGAACGGAACCUGACCCAGAAGGAGAUGCUCACUAUGCUCACCGAGGAAGGGUUCAAAUGCGGCGACCGGGAGUUGUCGCGCAUCCGGCACAAGAACGGAUGGAAGUUGAACGGUUUCAAUCUCGCGACUGCCCCGCGCAGGCCGGGGGCCCAAGGGGGGCAGGCCGGUGAUGGAGAGGCGGAUAGUGGUGAUGAGGACGAUGAGACUGGCAGCGGCGAUGACAGCAGGCCUCAGGAGCCCGGAACGCAAGAGGACCAGAGCAAUUACUGGAACUACGGGGCGACCGGGCUGGAACCAGCUGAUGCGCAGGUGCAGGAGGAGACGCUCAACGCGAUGCGCGAGGCGCGCCGCGAUUACCGCAGGCAACUGUACGAAACUCAAGCCCAGGAGCGAUGGCUGACUAAGAAGCGGCGCCGACACACCAAGAAGUACGCGGGCCUGCCCCCGGAUCCACCGUGCCCGCCCCGUUUCCCUUCGGAGACCACGCUCGGCGAGGCGAAGAUGAUAUUGCAGCUGGAACAGAAACCGUACCUGGAUCUGCGAGAGAAGUUUUACAAUAUCUGCGUGAACUCGGGGGUGUAUAAGAAAACGUUGGUGGGACCGGAACGGUGGGAGGCGCUCAAAGAUCGGUUGAUUCGUGAGAGCAUGCACCUGCGCUCCGUGAUGUGGGACCAGACCGACCUGGACAAGAAGAGGCUGGCCAUCGAGAUCAUCGCGUGCGAUGUGACCAAGCGGAUCCGCACCGAGGCUACCAUGAUGAAGAUUGCCGAAGCAAAAGUUAUCUUGGGCCUGAACCCGUCCCAGGGCCGGAGAGUCCGCGCGCACCUCUACAACAUGCUGGUCCGGGAGCGGUUCACGUCGAAGCUAGAGGAAGGGCCAGACUUCUUUGAAGAGCUCCGGCAGCGCUGGCUUGCGGAGUCACCCGAGAUGAGCAAAAUCAUGGCGGUCGCCGCAGACGAUCCGGAUUAUGAGCGCAAGAUCAAGGCGGUCAAGGCCGUCUGUCGGGACACCAUGAGGCGGUACCGGGCAGACGCGUGCCGCUUGGGGACCACGCCGCCACCGAUCCAGCCGGAUCAGCAAAUGGUCGAUGCCCAGUUGGGUGUUAAGACACCUGGUACUACACAGCAGCAAACACAGGCUCAAGGUCGUCCUCAACAGCAGCAACACCAAUCACCUCAUCCUCAGCCUCCUCCUCAGGCCCAGCGUCAAGCGCAGCCAGAACCAGUCCCAGCCGCCGAAACCACCAACACGACUAACGUCACUGGGCUCGCCGCAUUCUUCCGCCUUAGUCCGGCGGCCGUGAUGAUGUUCCAGGGUGUGCAGCGGCAGUGGAUCGGGUCGCUCGAGGCGCGGACGAUGACGGCGCUCAAGAGUGCCGCGCUGCAAAAAACGCGCGGUGGGCUGUGCUAUAAGAUUGAGGGGAUGGUCAAAGACGGUAAGGGCGGCGAGCUCCCGCUGCCGGUGAGCGACGACGACGAACUGGACAUGUACCUGUCGCAUGUGGAGGGCAAGGGGGCGCCGACGUUUGUGGUGCACAUUGUGCCGGGGGAUGAUGCAAGAUGGCCUUAG